GCCUGCUCGCUGUGCGCUUGGGGUUCUACAGUGGGGUCCAAUGGCGGAUUUCCCACCCGAUUUGGAGGACGGCGAGCUCUGGCUGCCCUCCGACAUCAUCCGCGACGUCGGCGCUCGCAGCACCUUCUCCUCGUCGUCCUCCUCCUCCUCCGCCGUCGUCGCCUCCCCCGGUUGCUCCGCCCACCUAGCCUACCUCGAAGGCAUCGCUCGCCAGCUCGACGCACUCUGCAUGCUCGACCGGGCCGGCCUCCUCCCCGCGUUCGGACCGCCGCGUCAUGCCCCGCCCCGCCCUCGGGUCUUCGGCUUCAAGCAGGGUAGGCCGGCGCCCCGGCUGGCAGGGGCGGAAAAUGUCAUCGGACUCGGUGUGGUUCACGCCGGGUUCAUGACCGGCGAUGGCGGGCGGGUUGUUCCCGGCUCGAGCCCCGGCAUGCUCCGGUUUUGCUCCAUGUCGAGACCGGUUCAGACACAGGCAACCUUUGGAGCGGCCAGAGGCGGGGUGGUGCAGGCUCCGGUUCAACCGGUUCCGGACCGGUUCAUUCCAUUACCAUCUCCUGGUUCGGCGAGGGAGGGCGGGGGCACGGGCGUGUUCCUCCCACGGGUCUUCAAAGACGAAGACAAGAAGAAACCCUAUGUGAAAGGCAGAGGAGAGCAGCAGCAGGCGACAAGAAAUGGAGGAGUGUGGGAGCAAGGCAUGCCAUUUCAGCAUCCUCCUCCUCCUCCUCCUGCAGAGACGGGUCUGCCUCAGGACUGGACUUAUUGAGAGGAGCUGAACCCUAAAGGCCACUUGUUUUGUUCUCUUCCUGUCUCGUGGAAUAAAUACAAGAAGAGAAGGAUGGUGAACCAGCAUGGCGGAGGGCUUUUGUCAUUUCUGAGAACAAAAUGGUGGUGGUGGUGGUGGUGGGGGUGGAGGAGGAGAUCAGAUUUAAUUUCCUCCCGUCUUCUUUCUAUCCUUGGUUGCUUUUGUGCUGAUGUGUGUACAUAUAAAUAAAGAAUAAUGUGGCUGCGUAUCCUGCGCCAAGGAUAAUUAUCAUGGAAUUGACAUGGUGAGGUCCAUGUUCUUCUUUGUGCUUCAUUGUCCAUAGUGGUGGCAGACUCUGUACCUUCUCUGCCUCCUGCUGCUUUAUCUGCACAAGUGAACCUUUAUAGUGAUGGUGACAUGGGAAGAGAGGUGGGGAGCAUUGAAUGCUGCCACUCCUGGAGCAGAGCAAGUUGGCCAUGCUCAGAGGACAUUGGUCAAGAGGAGUUCCUUGGACUUUUUUCAUGGACCUACCCCAUGUCUUCAGUCUACUUUUUGAUGUCUGAGACAAUACACUGGUGUGUGUGUGUGUGUGGGGUUCUUCUCAUAAAUUUCAUCUCAAUGCAACUUAGGAAAAUAAUGAAGCCCAUGUCAGAAUUGGACAGGCAUGCAUUGAAUUGGCUUGCUUUGUGUGGAAGAUUGCAAUUUCUGCAGUGGUGACUUUUAUCUUUGCAGCUUCUAUCUUCACUGGAGUUGCUGACAUGAAAUUGGUAACAGGAGACAUUGUGUUAAUAACAUGUGAUCUUCUUCUCUACUUUGGCAUCUUACAGAGGUCACAGCUGAUUGGAUUACUCUGUAGAAGAGAAAAAGAGCAAGAACAUGAAAAGUAGGUGACUGCUUUGUGGCAAUAAAAGCAUGCUGAACAAAGAGGGACAAAGAUCUGUAAGGUGACAGACAAGCUUUCAUCAGCUUCUACAAGUUAUUUCAGCUUCUCAUUCUUCUGAUCACACCAAUUAGCAUCCUAUAAGUCUCAAACAUAAAGAUAAAGCAGUUUGUGUGUCUUGGUGCAUAAAAGCACACCUAAUCAAUCAGUGACCCCAAACACCAAUCAGUUGCUCCUUAUCUCAUUUGCUUCAUCAACAUCUAGAUUCUCUUUUUAUGUUCCCUAGAUGAGCCAAAAACAUAGAUCAGUACAAAAUCACUGACAAGCUCUUGUCUUGAUGUUGCCUAAGACUGAACAAAGGGAUGCACAAAUAAGU